GGAAGAUGCUCAAUCAACUGAACCUUACUGCCCAGGAUUCAAUAUGUGGGUUUUUAAAAUUGCACUGAGGUUAGUUUUAUAUUUUCGCAUGUUCUACCCACCUUUACUUUUAAGUGAAUGUUUAUCAUUAUUUGUGGUUGUAAUAAGGUGGUGAUUUAUUCUCUAACCCAGGAGGUCUUCAUUUGUAAUUAAUUUGCCUCCUUAAAUAACAAUACCAAAUCACUGUUUGUCCUUGACCCUCUCUGCAAUUGAACUUUCACCCACAAUUAGGCUUAUGGUAAAAUAAUGCAGACCACUUUCAAAGUAUUUUAAGUGUUCAAGCAUUUCUUCUUCUUUUUUGCUUUUUUCUUGUGGUUUAAUCAUGGUUGUAUUCAGAAAUGCCACUUUUCUUUCUUUAACAUCUCACUGCAUUUUAGUUAACAUUUAAAAAGGUUUAUUACUAUUGAAAAUAUACAUGAAAAUUCAUGUCCUAUGAUACAAACAUGAGUGUAGUCAACUUUUUAGAAAGGUCAAUUUUUUUUAAGCAUUGCUUCAUUAUUCUUUCUGGAGCAUGAUUGUGAAGGCACAUUGAUAUUGUGACCACUCAUAGAAUCUUGGAAUAUGAAAUUAUAAUCUUCCAGAUGUCUCAUGAAUGUUCCAAAGCUAUAAUGCAAUCCAGUUGAAAACUGGCACCUGAAUAAUAUCUUGUAUAGCAUAAAUCGGGCUUGAGUGCUACUGUGUACACACACACACACACACACAUACAUACACACAGAGUGGGCACUGAUUUUCAAACUUAAACAAUUAUAGCCAAUAGAAAAAUUAUAUUGUAUAUAACAUAAUUUCUUUGUAACAUACAAAGAAAUGUUUUUCAAUAACACUCAGAUUUCUUGUUGAUGCAAUCUAAAAUUGCCUGUAUUAUUUUAUUCUAUUUCAUUUUCAAAUGUGGUCAUCAUACAUUGAUUUAGUGACCUACUAAUGGGUAGCAAUCCCAAGUUUGAAAUCCACUUUACUCAGAGAUAUAUAUAGAUGUGUGUAGAACAUUGAAAAGUAUCAAAAGGUAGUCCUUUAAUACUUUAAUUUUAAAAAUUUCAAACCAUUGUCGAAGGAUGAGUUGUCUCAUUGCUAUAUAGGAACCAAUCAACCAUUCUUGCCUUUAGUGAAUUGACUACAUUAUAGAAUAAAAAACCUUUAUUGUUUGAGUAGGAAUUUUCCAAUAAAUUUUAUCAAAAAUCUAAAGCCUAUAUGUUGUGGAAAGAAAGUGUAGAUGGCCAAAAUGUGUCAGGUAUAGAGGGAGAGAGAGAGAGAGAGAGAGAGAGAGAGAGAGAGAGAGAAGGCAUUGGAAAGAGAUGAGUGAGAAUGAGUAAAAUGGUUGCUUCUAGUGCUUCUAAUGCUGCAGACUAGAAUGAAUGCCAGAAAGAACAUCCUGAGGAUAUUUUUUAAACUUUUUCUUAACAUUGUAGAGGGGCUGGGUAUUAGUCAGUUAAUAUUGCCAGGAAGCACAAUCUCUUGCUCUACCUUGUCCAAAAUAAUCUGUUUAAACAUCUUGAAAGCUAUGAUUUUAUUACCAGUGCUUUUGAACUUUGUGGGCUGAUUAUUUAUUCUUUGAAUUCAAGACAAAUGGAGGGAACAAAUUAAAUUCUAAUUUUUCACUUUUGGAAGUGGAGCUAAGAGCAAGUUCUUUUCCCCUCUAAAUGAAAGCUGCAACAAAAGUCCAUACUAUAUUAAUAAAUCAGUUAAGUAUUAAAUUACUUCCUGUUUUUACUGUACUUAGUGGGGAAAUGAUGGAGGACCACUAGCUUAAAGAGAUAUAAUGUGUUAUAGCUUUCUACCAUGCCAGAUGAUAAUAAUCCUAGGAGCUAAAUACUAUCAUUACCCCUAUUUUACAGGUCAGGAAACAGAGGUACAUAAGUUGCCCAAGACAGCAGAUAGUAAGUGGCAGAUUAGAAUUCUAAUGUAGACAUUGUUGUUUUAAAAUCCAUGUUUGUAAUCACUAUGUUGUGUUGCCUCUGAGGUCUAAGAUGUCCCUUCUAGGUCUUUCUAUGUUAUUCUUUAUGCAUAUAUUGUGACAUAUUUUAAUUACUUUCUGCCAAAUUUUCUAGUCUGUGAGCUCCAUAAAGACAAGGGUUAUCUCUGUCUUAUAUGCCAUGUCCUUAUAUGUGUAUUUUAAAAAAUACAUAAAUGAAAAAGCAAUGAUGUUACUAACUAUAAUCGACUGAACUCAAAUAUUUACAAGAGUUGAGAAGAGAGUAUAUUUGCAAUUAGUCAAGAGAUGGCCUGAAUAAAAUAUCAUUUCUUCAGUUCAAGACAUUUUUAUAGAUUUUUCUUGUCAGGCAUUCAAACCAGUGAUAAUUAAAUGCACUACAUAGACCGAGUUUGGAUCCCAUUGGAAACAAACCAACAAUUAAAAACAUUGUUGGAAAAAACUGGGGAAACCAAGAAUAGACUGGGAAUAAAUUAUAUCAAGGAAUUAUUGCUAAAUGGGUUGAUUUUGAUAGUGGUACAGUAGUUAUAUUUUUAAAGUCCUUAUCUAUUACAGAUACUUAACGAAGUAUUUAGAGUUAAAACUAUGAUGUCUGGGAUUUGCUUUAAAAUAUUCCAGAUGUAUUAAUGAAUUACUUCUUCAAAGAGAAAACAAUCUUUACUGAAAAAAAUUCAUAGAGACACAUGGUGGCGCUGCAGGAUAAGAUGAAAACCGUGCAUGGACCACACUGUGGACUCCAUUAUUCAAGGGAACAGAGAACAGUCAACUCAUUCAAGAGAGGUGUUUAGGAGCUUCACUUUCAGAGCUGCCGGGAGGGCUCUACACCCUCCAGGGUUUACUUAUUCUAAAAAAUCAGAGCUUCGGCUCCCAAAAUUAGGGCUAAACUUAAAUUUUUCCACAAAGGAGAUUGCUUGAAGGAACCAUGGCGAUCAGAGGAGCGCUCACUUUGCUGAAAAGGCAAGUCGCAAUUCUCUUUGUUUUGCUGGGAUUGUCUGAGGCGGGUCCUGACUCUGUGCGCUAUUCUGUGGCAGAGGAAGCAGAAAUUGGCUCUUUUGUGGCCAAUCUGGCAAGGGAUCUGGGGCUUGGGGUGGAGGAGCUGUCCUCCCGGGAGGCCCGGAUAAUUUCUGAUGAUAAUGGCAGGCAUUUGCAUCUCAAUUUAUUGACUGGGGAUUUGCUCCUAAAUGAGAGACUGGACCGAGAGGAGCUGUGCGGCUCUGCAGAGCCCUGCGUAUUGCAUUUUCAGGUGUUAUUGCAAAACCCUUUAAAGUUUUUCCGGGCUGAGCUGCACAUCAAAGAUAUAAAUGAUCACUCCCCUACAUUCUUGGACAAGGAAAUACUUUUGAAAAUAUCAGAAGGUACCACUCUUGGAACGGCAUUCCCAAUGGAGAGUGCCCAAGAUUUGGACAUAGGAAGCAACAGUCUCCAAAACUAUACAAUUAGCCCCAAUUCUCAUUUCUACAUUAAAAUUCAAGACAGCGGUGAUGGAAAGAUAUACCCAGAACUGGUCCUAGACAGAAUGUUAGAUCACGAAAAGGAGCCUGAGCUCAGAUUAACACUUGUAGCACUGGAUGGUGGAUCCCCACCCAGGUCUGGGACAACAUUGGUCCUCAUCGAGGUCUUGGACAUCAAUGACAACUCCCCUGAGUUUCCGCAGAGGCUCUAUGAGGUGCAGGUCCCAGAGGACACAGCCAUUGGCUCCUGGAUAAUCACCAUCUCUGCUAAGGACUUGGAUGCAGGACAUUAUGGGAAAAUAUCUUACAUAUUUUUCCAUGCAUCUGAAGAUAUUCGUAAGACAUUUGAAAUCAACUCAACAUCUGGUGAAGUUCGUUUGAUAUCUAGCUUGGACUUUGAAGUAAUACAGUCUUACACUGUAAAUAUUCAGGCAACAGAUGGUGGGGGGCUUUCGGAAAAAUGCACUCUUCUGAUUAAAGUAAUGGAUAUAAACGAUAACGCACCAGAAGUGACCAUGUCAUCAAUUACAAACAGAAUUCCAGAAAACGCGCCACAGACCUUUGUCGCUGUUUUUAGUAUUCGAGACCAAGACUCUGGGGACAAUGGAAGGAUGGUUUGCUCUAUUCAAGAUGAUCUCCCUUUUAUCCUGAAACCAACAUUUAAGAAUUUUUUCACUCUGGUUUCUGAAAAAGCACUGGACAGAGAGAUGAGAGAGGAGUAUAACAUCACCAUCACUGUCACCGACUUGGGAACCCCCAGGCUGAAAACUCAGUACAACAUCACCCUGCUGGUCUCCGACGUCAACGACAACGCCCCCGCCUUCACCCAAACCUCCUACACCCUGUUCCUCCGCGAGAACAACAGCCCCGCCCUGCACAUCGGCAGCGUCAGCGCCACAGACAGAGACGCGGGCGCCAACGCCCAGCUCACCUACUCGCUGCUGCCGCCCCACGACCCGCAGCUGCCCCUGGCCUCGCUGGUGUCCAUCAACGCGGACAACGGCCACCUGUUCGCCCUGAGGGCGCUGGACUUCGAGGCGCUGCAGGCGUUCGAGUUCCGCGUGGGCGACGCGGCCAAGCACAGGCUGCUGGUGCUGGUCAAGGACAAUGGCGAGCCCGCGCUGUCUGCCAGCGUCACGCUGCACGUGCUGCUGGUGGAUGGCUUCUCGCAGCCCUACCUGCCGCUGCCGGAAGUGGCGGCCGACCAGGCGCAGGCCGACCCGCUGACCGUGUACCUGGUCAUCGCGUUGGCGUCGGUGUCGUCGCUGUUCCUGUUCUCGGUGCUGGCGUUCAUCGCGGUGCGGCUGUGCAGGCGGAGCAGGGCCGCCUGGGUGGGUGGCUGUUCGGUGCCUGAGGGCCACCUUCCGGGCCACCUGGUGGACGUCACCGGUACUGGGACCCUGUCCCAUAGCUAUCAGUAUGAGGUGUGUCUGAUGGGAGGUACUGGGACAGAUGAGUUUAAAUUUCUGAAGCCAAUUGUUCCCAAUCUUCCAAUCCAUGACACUGGUAGGAAUGUAGAGGAAAAUGAGAACUUUAGGAAUAGCUUUGGAUUAAACAUCCAAUAAAAUUUUUAUUUUAAACAUUUAGUCUUUCAUUAUUCUUGGCAAACUGGUAAUACUUUGCCAAUUUAUAGUGGAUUUCAGUUGUACAGUAGUUGCACGUAUUAUUCCUGAAGUUCUUGCAUUUUGCUUUACAAAUCUUUAUUAGUUUGUGUGUUUUCUGUUUGCUUGUUUUUUCAUUUAUUUUGUCAAAAAUGGCAUAUUGGGCUGGCCAGGUCGCUCAGUUGGUUAUAAAGUCAUCCUGAUACAUCAAGGUUGCGAGUUCAAUUCCUUUUUAGGACUCACACAAGUAUCAACCAAUGAAUGCAUAAAUAAG